UUUUUUUUUUUUUUUAUAACUAUUUUUUUCUUCUUUUCUUAUUGUCAAGCAUGAGAGGGCCUGUUGUACUCAGUGGCUCAUCCCAUCCAAAACUUGUUCAACAGAUCUGUGAUCGCCUCGGUAUAGAGCCUGGUCGUUCAAAGCUUUCGAAAUUUAGCAACAAUGAAACUCGAGUAGAGCUUUAUGAGUCUGUACGCGAACAAGACGUUUAUAUUGUCCAAUCAGGAUGUGGUCAUGUCAAUGAUCACUUUUUUGAACUUUGCAUCAUGAUUCAGGCUUGCAAGACAGCAUCAGCUAGAAAGGUAACAGCAGUCUUACCCUUUUUCCCAUAUUCAAGACAACCCGAUGCACCAUUUAAGAGAUCAGGAGCUCCGCUCAUUCGUCCACCCCCCAUGACAGUACCUUCAUCCCCCAAGACAACUCCAGCAACCCCUAACGGUAUCUUCCCACAUGAAAAUGCUAUACCAAAUACAAUAUUUUCUCGACUAGCUGAGGAAAUAGAAGGUCAAAAGAUUAAAGUGGGCGGAAAUAAUAAUAUGCAACCACAGCUGAAUUCCACCCAACAGAAUGAUGGAUAUAAACAAUGGGUUGUUCGUUCUGGUACUUUAAUUGCUGAUCUAUUAAGUUGUGCAGGCGCUGACCAUAUUAUUACAAUGGAUUUACAUGAUCCUCAGUUUCAAGGUUAUUUUGAUUGUCCUGUUGAUAAUCUAUCCUCUUUGCCUUCUAUGGGUAAAUAUAUUUAUCGUAAUAUACCUAAUUAUAAAACUGCAGUCAUUGUUUCCCCAGACGCAGGUGGUGCUAAACGUGCAACCUCUAUUGCUUCCAAACUACAUAUGGACUUUGCUCUCAUUCAUAAGGAACGUAUGCGAGCUAAAAGAGGGGAUGAUUUGAUGUUGGUAGGCGAUGUACGCAAUAAAGUUUGUAUUCUCAUCGAUGAUAUCGCCGAUACCUCUUUUACUAUCACAAAGGCUGCAAAACUAUUACAUGAGAAUGGAGCAACAACGAUUUAUGCUUUAAUUACACAUGCCAUUUUAUCGGGUGAUGCAGUUGAAAGGAUAGAAAAAAGUUAUUUGGACCACGUUAUCGUAAGUGAUUCAGUGCCUCAGGAUGAUCAUCUUAGACAAUGCAAGAAAUUUUCUAUUUUGCCAGUCGCUGUGUUAUUUGCUGAAGCUAUUCGACGUAUCCAUUUUGGUGAAAGUAUUAGUACUUUGUUUGAUCAAACAUAUGAAUUAGUCUAGUAGUAGUGAUAUUUAUUACUUGCAAUAAAAAUAUGAAUUUUCAUAUAUGUACAAUAUAUAUUU